GGAAGUUCCCUUUUAUGGACUGUGAAGCGUUUGUAUUUUUUUCGUGUCGACUUCCGGUUGGGUGGGAAGCAGCUGCCUGGAAACGGUGAAUAAAAACUGUGCCUGAGGAUAUAUUUAAAACAUAUAGUUUAUUCUUCUACAGUUUCAUUUUAAUCAGCGAGAAAAUGUCAAAGUCUUUGAAGAAGAUAGUGGAGGAGACUAGAGAUAAAAGUCUGACCGAGGUGGACAUGUGUGACAGGGGAAUAUCCAACAUGCUGGACAUCCCUGGUUUAUUCACUUUGUCCAACAUAACUCAACUGGUCUUGAGUCACAACAAGCUGACAACCGUACCUCCAAACAUUGCCGACCUUAAGAACUUGGAGGUGCUGAACAUGUUCAACAAUCAGAUAGAAGAGCUUCCCACUCAGAUCAGCAGCCUUCAGAAACUAAAACACCUGAACCUGGGGAUGAACAGACUGAGUACGCUGCCUAGAGGCUUUGGUUCUCUCCCUUCACUGGAGGUCCUGGAUUUGACAUACAACAACCUGAAUGAGUCCUCACUUCCAGGAAACUUCUUCUAUCUCACCACCCUGCGUGCACUCUAUCUCAGUGACAACGACUUUGAAAUCCUGCCCCCAGACAUCGGCAAGCUGGCCAAGCUACAGAUACUGAGUCUGAGGGAUAAUGACCUGAUCUCUCUACCUAAAGAGAUUGGAGAUCUGUCCCAGCUGAAGGAGCUUCAUAUCCAGGGCAACAGAUUGACUGUGCUGCCUCCUGAACUUGGUAAUCUGGAUCUUACUGGCCCAAAGCAGGUGUUUAAGGCAGAGAGUAACCCAUGGGUAACACCCAUUGCAGAUCAGUUCCAGUUGGGUGUGUCCCACGUCUUUGAAUACGUCCGCUCCGAGACCUACAAGUAUCUAUACGGGCGACACAUGCAGGCUAAUCCUGAGGCACCGAAAAAGAACAACGACAAAUCCAAGAAGAUCAGCCGCAAGCCGCUGGCUGCCAAGAACAAAUGAUGAUGAGCAAUGUGGAAGAAGAGUCCCCUGUCUGCCUGUCCGAGCUGGACCUCACUGCAUGUGCCUUCCCACACUUUAAUAUUUAUUUACUAAAAGAUCACAGGUUUUUAUACGGUUUCUGUAUUGUGUAGUGUUCAAAGCUGCCCUUGGCAUGUCCCCAACAGGCAUUAGAUUUUUUCCCAUUUCUGCUUUUUCCUCCCCUACAUUAUCUACAAUACCUUGGACUUGAUUAAUUUGCUGUGAUCGUAAUUGCGUCAUUGUAACAUAAUACUGUAUUCCCAAGCAUUAUUUUUUAACUUUUACUUUUUAAGCAAAUAUCAUGCACAAUGUCUUUCAGUAUUACUGCAGCACUGUAAAAGUUGCUAUUUUAGAUAUUUGCCAAAUUACAGUAGAUAGUCGAAGCAUUUUGACCAGGACUAUGCUUUUAAUCUGUACUGCACUAAUGUAAAAAAAUAUCCUAGAAAGUACUGUUUAAGCAAAAUCCCCAAGAUUAAUGAUAUUUUAGUAAAACAAUGUCAGUUUUGCUAGAUUUCCCCAUUUUAUAUAUUUUCCUUACAGGCUACUGUUCAAAACUACAAUGCAGUGAGGGGGAAAAAAAAUAUCAUACUCCACUCUUUGAGACAUCUAAACAAGGCACACAGCUUUCCACAACAGCAAUUUGUACUCUCCAGUGCCAGUCUUGGCAGCGGCAAGGUUGCGUAACCAUAGAGGGAUUUUUGGAGGGGUUUAGCAGUCUUGAGUCUGUGCAGGAUUGUGUCCUGCCUCAGAAGACAUGUAUCUGUCUGCUUCCUCUGCCACACCUCAUGCUUUUAAUGACUCAUAUGAAUGGCUGCGAACCAGAGUAUUGAAUGGUUAACAAAUAAGACCAGUUAUAAAACAACCCUGCAGCUCCAAACAAUGGACCGCUUAUAUAAUGCUCGGUAUUGGUUUACUUUACAAUAUUGCCUAGAUGUGCAUUCGGAAGUGGUCUGUUCUCUACUUUAUUGUUUUGACUCCCAACUGUAAAUCUAAAUUCUACACCAUGAGUUUUUGUAUCGAUCUAUGCAAUAGUAUUGUCAAGUUUUAUUAGCACCAAAUAUUAUUACAAAUAUGUGUGUUAAAUUUUUUUGUCACUUGACAAGCUUUGUCACCAUGUCACAUUUAUUCAUAUUUAACUACUUUGAAUAAAAUUUUCUGUUUGACUAUCA